AGGGCACGGCGGACCAGGCAUGCGGUGCCAGGUGAAAUGAACCAACUGCAUUGAGGGCAUAGCUGCCCACGACCGUUUCGGCAGUCCAUUGUGGUCGCGCCUUGGCAAGCCAUGGCUGUGGCGUCUCUUCAAUGGCUGCCGGGUGCCGCUGAUGCCUCCUUUAUGCCCCGGAGUACCGCGGUGCACCGCUCGACGGCAGGGCAGCUGUCGCUGCUCUCGCAAUGUCAGAGUGGCUUUCGCAGAGGCCUCCCUUGGUUCCGGCAGCGCUUGCUUGCGGGAGCUGGGGCAUGUGGGCAGCGGGAGCCGCAGGUGGCUUUCGGAUCCUCCGGAUCGCGCCGUGGCAGGAGCGGCCUCGCCGUGCACGCUGCGGCUGCCGACGUGACCGACAUUUCGUCAACGUCUCCUUUACCGGCGUCGCUCGAGCUCGCUGUCCAAGUCGCCCCGCUGCAUGCAUCCCACCCUGACUCCGCCCUCGUCCCCCUUCCCCUCCUCUCAUUUCCUUCCCAAAUCCUUGACCCCGCUGCUUUUCUGCCGUCUCCCCUGUCGUCCGGUGUGGCGGCGCCCCAUGCCGAGUCCGUCAUGACCGCGUCGCUGCCGGCUGUCGCGCCGCCUUUGCCGCUGCAGCAGGCCAUGGCGUCAGCGGACGUGCGUGCGGCGUCAGCGGUGGCGGAGGCGGUGGUGCUGGGCGAUGCGAUGGGGCCGCCGCGGUCGGUGGAGGAGGCGAUUCGCAUGGCGAUGAGGAACGCCAUGGAGGGCAGCGACGAUGGCGACAUGGCGACGGAGGAAGCGGACGACAUCAUGGCGCGAGCAAGAAACCCUUUCCGCAUGCGCGCGCUUGACAUGCAGCCUGCCGAGCCCGCACCAGCUGCUGCGCCCGCCCCUGCGUUGACUGAUGCGAGGGUGGACGCAGGGGAGAAGCAGGCGGAGCCUGAAAGCGGGCUGCAGAAUGCCUUGCAGAAUUUACUGCCGCCCCUUAACUGGCCAAACCAGGCCGCUCCUCCCAUCGACGCGCCAGCUAGCCCUGCGUUCGCGCCACCCGCUCUCCCUGUCGGCCCCCCGCUAUCAGAUGCCUCUGCGCCUCCAGCGCCAGCGGGGACCGCCAGCAGCGACAGCGAGGAUCUGUCCGACAGGUUCCCCACGCUCUUCCGCCUGCUGCGUGCGCCCUCCUCGCUGCUGCCCUGGGGUGACGGCGGCGGAGGCGGGGCGGAGGGCGAGCGGUGGGGCGUGGAGAGCGUGGUGGAGGCGGGCGAGGAGGCGCUGGAGCUGCUGGGCGGGGAGCUCGACCUCACCUUCCCCGCCUUCCGCCCCGGGGACGCGCUCAUUGCGCUCUCCGGCGCCCUCAGGAACUUCAUGCGCCAGCCCGCCGACGACAAGCUCGCGCAGCUCGCUGCGGGCGGUGCCCUGUACCUGUAUCUCACCGCGCGGCCCGGCGUGCUGGCCGGCGCCCUGGACGCUUACAUUGGCGCGCCGCUGCAGGCGCUGACCGACACUGUGAGGGGCAGACGGCAGUUCCGACGCUCGGACUUCGUGGUGGGACGGCGGCUGGGCGAAGGCAACUUCGGCACCGUGUACGAGGGCGCGCUGAAGAAGAAGGGCAAGGCGAGUGAGGAGGAGGAAUUUGGGCGCAGGUCAAGGCAGCUGGACGACCUCGAUGAGAGGGACAUCAAAAGCCGAGUCAUCCUCAAAAAGGUGAAGACGCGGGUGAUGGGCGGGGAGCAGAGCGGGGAGAUGGAGGAGUGGUUCAACCGCCGCAUGCAGCGUGUUGCGCCCGAGGCAUGUGCACGCUUCAUGGGCUCUUUCACUGCUGACGUCACCCGGGCUCAGUUCACCGAAGGGGGGAAGUGGCUCGUCUGGAACUAUGAGGGUGACCGCACAUUGCUGGACUACAUACGGGAGAGGGACUUUCCAGACAAUGUGGAGGAGGCAAUCUUUGGCAGGGGGCAGAUGGUGCUGCAGGGCUUGGACUCGGUGGCACGGCGGGGCGUGACAGUGAAGCAGGUGCUGCGGCAGGUGCUGAUCUCGCUGAAGAAGAUGCACGCCACAGGCAUCGUGCACCGCGACGUCAAGCCCUCCAACCUCGUCAUCACCAACACUGGCCGUGUCAAGCUCAUUGACUUCGGUGCUGCUGCUGACCUGCGCAUUGGCAUGAACUACGAGCCAGAGCUCGCUCUGCUUGACCCGGACUAUGCCCCGCCAGAACAAUUUGUGCUGCCUGAGGAAACGCCCAGCCCACCUGCUGCUCCCAUCGCUGCCAUGCUCUCCCCGGCACUCUGGCAGUUCAACCACCCUGACCUGUUUGACACAUACAGUGUGGGCAUCAUCUUCCUGCAAAUGGCAUCCCCCACGCUGCGCACGCCAGCCGGCCUGCAGACGUUCAAGAAGGAGCUGAGGGCGGCGCGCUACGACCUGAAGCGGUGGCGCAGGGAGACGCGCAUGCGCCCGGACCUGCGUGUGCUGGACCUGGAGGGCGGGGCGGGCUGGGAUCUCGCCACGCGCCUCGUGUGCGAGAGGGGAACACUGCGCAAAGGAAGGCUCUCUGCUGCGGAAGCCCUGCGCCACCCAUACCUGCUUUUAGGCGUGGACCAGGCUGCCACUGCCAUCUCCAAGCUUACUCUUUCUAGAUAGCAGUUCUCGUGCACUUGAAUGCCAUGGUUCAGCAUCUUAAUGAUUUGUUUUUUUUGGCUCCCGAUUUGUUUGUUCCUUAUCGCUCUUACCUACCUCAGGUCAAAUUUGAGAUUCCUACCAUGCAUCAAUUA